AUGGCAGACUCCAAUUCGUCGCGGUUCACGGUAAUCAUUGCCGGCGGCAGUCUUGUCGGUUUGACAACGGCGGUGACGCUGGAAAAGGCUGGGAUCGACUAUGUCCUGUUAGAGAAGCGAGAGAUCGCUCCUCAUCUGGGCGCCUCUGUCUCAAUUCAUCCGCAUACCCAGCGGGUUAUGGAGCAGCUUGGCAUUUGGCCUGAGAUCCAGGCUGGCGUUGUGCCGUUAGAAACUCGACAACACUAUGAUGAGAAUGGUAACAUGUUUGAAGACUCGGCCAUCCUGCAAGAGAUUUCCAAGAUAUUUAUGCUUAGCUGCAUCUAUAACCAGAUUGCAGACAAGUCUAGAAUCCGAGCUCACACUGGUGUUGCUUCCUUCACUGAGACGGAGGAUGGUGUUGAGGUAGUUACGGAUAAGGGUGAAACCAUCAAGGGAGACAUCCUCCUCGGUGCCGAUGGCAUCCACAGCACAAUUCGAAACCUGAUGGCUGAUAAGAUUGCUUCUACUGAUCCUGCUGCAUCAAAAGAAAUGCAGAGUGGCUUCAUCAGCAACUAUCAUUGCAUCUUUGCAACCUCCAAGAACUCUAAAGAGUCGGCGGGCGGCAAGCAAUUCUUGCCGGAGCGAGCUGUCCACAAUGUUUAUUACCCGGGCUUCUCCGGCGUCAUUGCUGCUGGUGUCCCUGGUCUUGUCUUUUGGUUUCUGUUUGUGAAGAGUGAUCGUACAACACAGACUCCCAAUACACCGCGCUUCACAGAAGAAGAGACCGAGGCCACAAUCGCCAAGUACGGAGACUAUGCCGUCGGCCCUGGCUAUACCUUCAAAGACUUGUGGGAAAGCAGGGUUAGGGCAAACAUGCUGCCCCUUGAAGAGGGAGUUUUGAAGCCAAAGUGGAAUACCGGUGGUAGAGUUGCAUUGAUGGGUGACGCCGUUCACAAAGCGACCAUCAACCCUGGACUAGGAGGCAACUUGGCCAUUGAGGGUGUUGUCCACUUAAUGAACGAAUUGAUACCCUUGGUACGACGAUGCGAGGCGGACGGUGGGAGAAAACCGACAAAGAGCGAGAUCACUGCUGCUUUGGAUGCUUAUGAGGCGAAGCAACGACCCCAUGCUAACACGAUUGUCACCAUGUCUGGAUAUGUCACAAGGUAUGAAGCAAUGGAGACAUGGUGGUUGCGGCUCUUGCGCCGUGUGUCUCCUUGGGUCAGCGAUAAGACCAAGGCUGGUGGAUUCGUUGGAUAUAUAAAUGAAGGACCAUGGCUGAACUUUUUGCCCAAUCCGGAUGAGCAGCAGAAGGUGGAUGAGAAGCCAUAGAGCGGAGUUCAACGGUCUUAAGGUGUUUGUUGCAUCGUGUUGAGGGGGCAUUGGUUACUGUAUAUCACAACUGCC